GCAUGCGGUAAUAAUAAUUGUGUCUUUCGUGGGAAUUUAUUUUAAUCGUCGCGGCCGUGAAGUGAAUCGGAGCGAGACGAGCGAAGAAAUUUGACACAUUUCUGUAACCCAAUCAUCCCAUAAAUAAUCCAACGAUCCUCGAAUUCGAUUGUGUCGAAUGGAAAUAAGAGAUCAACGAUUCACGGGCACGUGAAAUUCAUUUCGUUCACCAUCUUUUAAUCGAGGAUCGACCGUGACAUACGAGGUCGUAGAAAAUGGAAUAAUUUCACGCGAUAAAGUGCGCUUAUCGUCACUUAUCGUGUUUCACUUAAUUCUUCGAUCGAUGGUAGCGUGAAAUCGGAGGAGGGCGAACUGGUCGCAUCUCGCAUCUCUGUACGUCGGAUCCAGGAGCGACUUUUGUCGACGAUUCUCGUGGAGAUGCGAAGAUAUCGAAGAUGAACCGAUCCGGGUCGUCGUCUCGUGCGCGCGUUUCCUCGUGCCUUCAUAAUAUUUAUGUAAACACACAUCAGGAGAGAGAACCAGACCGCCACGCACUAAUGACAUCUCCCGACGCAUAGUAACCCCGCGCUGUCGCAGAUUUGCUUUGGCUGCGCGGUCGCGCUUGGCGCGGUCGACUUCUGUCAAUUGUUCGAUGCUCGCGCGUCCGCGUGGUUCGCGCUUCUCCUCGGCGACGAUCCACCCGGAAAAUUCACAGCGACAUGGAAAACAGUGGAGAUCAUUCCGCCGAUAUAGAAAUCGUUACCGUCGUCAUCGAGCAAAACAACAGAGCCAACGAGUUCAAGGACAAGGCCAUUUAUGGAUAUGGGACGAGCAUUCCUCCGAAUAAUAACGAAGAUGAGGAAGGUGAAAUAUCUCCACGGAAGGUCAUCUUCUGUGUUCAUGGAAAAUUGUCUGGUUGCUGUACGGUGGUGAAAGGCUCUACCGACGAUACAAUUGCGGAUUAUCAACAAAAUCCGAUAAUAUCCCCGGAAGAUCAUUGUCACAGGGAAAGGAACGAGGAGAUCGACAAGAAAGCCCGAAGAAAGUUAAUAAUCGCCAGUGUACUCUGCGUUAUUUUCAUGAUAGCAGAAAUCGCUGGCGGAGUAUUAUCAAAUAGUUUGGCGAUAGCGACUGAUGCCGCACAUUUGUUGACUGACUUUGCGUCAUUUAUGAUAUCUCUUUUUUCUAUCUGGGUCGCGGGCAGACCAGCCACCAGAAAAAUGCCUUUUGGUUGGUAUCGAGCGGAGGUCAUCGGAGCAUUGACUUCCGUUUUGUUAAUAUGGGUGGUCACCGGCAUCUUAUUCUACCUCGCGAUCGAAAGAAUCGUCCAUAAAGACUUUAAGUUAGACGCGACGGUGAUGCUGAUCACGUCUGCAGUUGGUGUUGCGGUAAAUCUAGUAAUGGGCCUGUCACUGCAUCAGCAUGGCCAUAGUCACGGCGGACACAGCCACGGCGGACAUAGUCAUGGUGGACACGAUGAAAGCCAUGAUGUGGAGAAUGCGCUUGAUGAUGAUCUCAAAGGGGAGCAUGCGAAAAGGAACAUCAACGUGCGUGCCGCCUUCAUCCAUGUUUUGGGUGACUUUAUUCAGAGCAUAGGAGUAUUCAUUGCCGCGUUAAUUAUUUAUUUUAAGCCAAGUUGGAGUAUAGUGGAUCCAAUAUGUACAUUCCUCUUCUCUAUAUUAGUUAUCCUCACUACGGUGGCGAUUAUUAAAGAUGUAGUCAACGUUCUGAUGGAAGGAAUUCCCAAGGGUUUCGAGUAUUCUCAAGUGGAGAACACCUUUAUGCAAAUAGAUGGAGUCGUUAAGGUGCACAAUCUUAGAAUCUGGGCGCUCUCUCUCGACAAGACCGCUUUGUCAGCGCAUCUCGCUAUAAAGCCUGGAACGAGUCCUCAGAACAUCUUGCGCACUGCCACGCGGAAUAUCCACGACAAAUACAAAUUCUUCGAGAUGACGUUGCAGAUAGAGGAAUUCAACGAGCGAAUGGAGAAUUGCAAACAGUGUAAAGCGCUUUCGCAAUAAGUCACUGCUAUUGUACUUAUUGUACGACCAGGUCACAAUAUAAGAAACGCGAUGUGCAACGAAGAUAAUUUUAGAAGUCUCGUGAUCAUCACAAUCACGCUUCAUCGAAUAAAGGCGAAGAGAUUGCUUUAUUCACGAAAGCAGCAUACAUGCAUUACACUGAACUCUUGUUAUAUUGCGCUUUUUCUUUUUCUUUCUCUUCCUUUCCUUUCUUUUAUUUUAACUUCGUGAAGAUACGUACGAGCAGUCAGUAUCACUCGUACAAUGAGAUGUGUUUCUUGUGAAUAGUUUUUGUUAUUCCAUUAAUUAGUAAAUUAUAAUUAAUUUCGCAUAUAAAUCAAGUUAUAGAUUCUAUUUUAUAGUUCUAUUAUAAUUGUAAUUACAAUUAUAGUAGUUAUUGUAAUUGUUUCUCAAACUGAUUUUCAUGCUAAUGCGUAUCUUAAUCACUUUCAAGUUAAAAAUUGUGAUUAAUAUUUAUUUUAAAAAUGACCUAUCUCAUUAAAAGUUACCAAUUUAUCUGAGCCUACAGUUGUAAAGAAUGUUGUAUAUACGCACAAACAAAAAGAGACAAAAAAAAACAUAUAAAUAAAAAUUAUUUUGGACU